CCUUGACCCCGCCUGCCCAGCCAUGGCAGCCUCGCUGAGCCGCCCCUGCUUCAUCUCCCUCCACCUGCCCUACAGGCAGGGCUGGGGCCAGCACCUGGCCAACACCUUUCGCUUCCAGCCGGUGGCCGUGCGGGAGACGCCGCGUGUCCGGCAGCUGGCCCUGCGACGGGAAUCUGCCAUCUUCCUCAUCAACGAGCGCCUGGCGCCUGCACGGGAAUUCACCUCAUCCCACGACUUCCUCUAUGACGUAGAUCCCCAGCCCACCCUGGGCACAGCCUCCAACGUCUGCUUCGAGGUGGAUGAUGUGCCGGGGCUCUGCAAGCAGCUGCAGAGCCAGGGAUGCUCCUUGCUGGUGCCCCCCACUGAGCUGAGCGAUGAGGGUGGUUCUGUCACCUACGGCGUGGUGAGCUCUGUGGUGGGCAACAUCAGCCACACCCUUUUGGACCGAUCCUCUUACCGGGGACUCUUCCUGCCGGGCUUCCAGCCCAUCCAAGGAGCCCCCUCAGCCACAGGGGAUGGGAUCAGGAUCACUCACUUUGACCACAUCACGUACGUGUGCCCCCGGGGUGGGGCCCGGGCGGCUCUGGACUGGUACCAGCGCUGCUUCGGCUUCCACCGCUUCCUGCUGAACCCCCAGGAAAGGCCGGCUGAGGGGUACGUGCUGGGGGGGCAGGGGGUGGGCAUGCUGCUCCUCGCACUGCAGAGCACCCAGGGCACCCCAGCCCACGGCUGCAAGCUGGUCUUUGCCGAGUCCCUCUCCCAGAAUGGCACCAACCAGGUCGACACGUUCCUGGAGCAGCAUGGCGGGGCUGGGAUCCAGCACGUCGGCCUCUGCACCACUGACAUUGUCAGCACGACCAGGGCUCUGCAGCAGCGGGGGGCACGGUUCUUCACACCGCCCCCCACGUAUUACAGCCAGGGGGGAAAAGCAGAGGAGAUCCGAGGAGCUGGGCAGGACCCCCACAUGCUGGCAGAGCUUGGCAUCCUCCUGGACACCACAGUGCCUGGGGACAAGGGCCAGCCGGGCACUGAUGCCACAGAGAGCCCCUCUCGGGAAUAUUUGAUGCAGAUCUUCACCCAUCCCAUCUUCUCGGAGGAGACCUUCUUCCUGGAGCUCAUUGACCGUCGGGGAGCGCCCGGCUUUGGGGAGGGAAAUAUCCGGGCGCUGUGGAAAGCUGUGCAGCUCUACAUGGACCAGCAGCAGUAGUGCAACAUGGCAGUCCUCCUCCCCCAGCUCCCCAGCUGCUCCACUCCAACGCUGGGGCAAGGACCGUAGAGAUCCCAUCCCUGGCAUGGCCCAUGGGCAGGGACCAAGGGGUGGCUCCAGAUCAAUCCAGAGCCAACCCAGCUCCAGUGGGAGCAAGACGCUCAGGGCUGAGUCCAGCAGGGGUGUGACCAUGCCCCAGGAUGGCUGGGAUUUCUCCCCUGACCAUGGUUCCCCAGUGAUUUAUCAACCACAUGUAAAGAACUUCCUGCCUUAGUUUCAGCUUAAUUUAUUGAGACUUGAACCUGGAGCAUGGCCAAGAGCGUGCUGGCACAGAAACACUCCAAACACAGAGAGAUGAGGGGCUGCCUGAGGGGAGUGGAUAAUCCAGAGGCCCUGGAUUAUGACCACUUACUGGCAGUUACCACCCACAGCAUGACCAGCCCUGCAGGGUGAGUGGUGGCCUCUUCCUCCUCUCAAUUAAAGAAUUAACUUAUA